CAAGCACCGUGGGGGGAAAUGCCAAGAUAUUGAAUUUAGGGUUAUAAGGUGUUUUUAUAACGCAAGUCAAGGUGGUAAGAUAUUAACUAAUGACAUUAUUUCAAAAGCAAUAAUAAUAAUAAUAAUAAUAAUAAUAAUAAUAAUAAUAAUAAUAAUAAUAAUAAUAAUAAUAAUAAUACGUUUCAUGUCUCUUGCAGCACCUGUAGUACAAGGAUUUAUGUUGAAUUGAAGAAAGGCAGACUACCAUGAAUACUUACCAGUUUGUUUUACUUUCAAUUUUCGUAUUCACACUAUGUUUCUGGUGUGGUUAUAUUGUGAAGCAAAACGAGAAGGGGUUGAUAGAACAGAUUCGGUCAACCCCAAACUUGACUGACACGGCUGUGCCUACUCCUGGUUUCAACGAGGAUGCCCUGCAGAAGAUUUCGAAGGACGACCCUAAAUGGCUGCAGUUAUAUGAGCGUGAACCAAAGCACAGACCCAACUUCACCUACUUGAUCUCGGAACAUUCCAAAUGCAGGGAUGUUAUGCCUUUUGUGGUCAUUUUCAUUGCAUCUCAUCCAAGUGAAGUCCAAGCGAGACUGGCAAUUAGAGCUUCUUGGGCUAGUAAGAAGCAAUGGUAUGGAAAAUCUGUUCUCGCCUUGUUUUUAAUAGGCAACGAAAGCAGAGAGCAAACAGGAAAAUUAUAUUUAGAACAUGAAAAAUACAGAGAUAUGAUAAUGCAAGACUUUCUAGAUACCCAUAAAAAUCUAACACAUAAAACGAGAAUGGCUUUUCAGUGGCUGCAUGAUUUCUGCCCAAAGGCUCAGUACAUUAUGAAAACUGAUUCGGAUGUAUUUGUUAAUCCUGGCAAUUUGGUCAAUUAUCUGCUCAACUUGAAGGAAGAAUCUUCACAGACAUUGUUCACAGGCUAUUGGUUGCAAGGUGCUCCCAUCAGAAACAAAAGACUUAAAUACUAUGUCUCCUCUGAAGAGUACCCUCUUGAUGUAUUUCCCCCCUAUUGCAGUGGGCUGGGUUAUGUUAUUUCAGGGAAUCUAGCCCUGCGGAUUUACAUGAUGAUGUGCCAUGUCAUGCCAUUCACGAAUGAAGAUGCCUAUGUAGGAGUUUGUUUAAGAUUAUUGGGAGGUCAGGUACAUAUGCCUGAUGACAACCUCUUCUUCAUCCAAAGAAUUGAACUUGAAGAUAAAAUUCAACAUUUGAUUGCAGCCCAUUGGGUGGAUCCUGUAGCCAUGAAACGUCAUUGGGAGACACUCCAGAAGACAUAGGAGGAUUUUAUUGCAAACCACUAAAUAUUAUGUUAAUUAUACGAUUAAAGUUGACAAUGAUGUCAAUAUACCAAUGCACAACUGAAGAGGAAAGUGACGAAAGCUCACUUUUAUUUCUGGGGACUGCGUGUGCACACAGUUUGUGUUUCUAACCGUACCGAUACCCCAUUUUUGUUACAGUUGCUUGGAUUAUUCUGAUCUUUCUUCCUGGGCACUUAUCUUCUUAUACUUAAAAAAAAAAAAGUAAAAAAAGUAUUUAGUCCUUUGUAAGGAAGUACAAAAGCUCACAGCAGAUAAUAAAUGAUAUUACCAGAUAUUGCGUUAUUUCUCAGUAAUUAUUGCAUUGUUAAGAGAUACUAUUGGGUUAUUUCCCAAUAAUUAUUUUUUACAUUUUUACUUGUUUUCAGCUCUUGAACAGUUGCAUAUUUCAAGUUAGCUAUAACAUUUGAUAAGUACUUAACACAACUAUAACACACUGGUAGUUUAUUAAGUGCAAUUAAAAUCUUUCCCAAUGUUGUCAAAUUGGCUGCCAUAUAGCAUUACUGAAUAAUUGCUGUUUUAGAUUUUUUUUAUAAAAACAGCCUUUGGCAAGGUUUC